GUCUCAGCGGCCCCCUAACACAGCUGGUCUACAAGCCAAUUGUUCCAGCGGCAUGUGUUAAAUUUACUCUUCUAGGUGCUACGUCUGUUGACUCGCUGCUUCACCACUGUAACUAAAACUACGAAGCCAUCUCCGGAGGCAUCUUGCCCCCAGCAUGUAAGCUGCAGGGCGAUCAUGGCCAUCUCCUAGCCGCCACCCUUGCAGUCUCAGCCUGCCACCUCCGUCACCACACGGCUCGUCCAACGGCGCACGAGAUUGCGGAGUCACCAGCAACGGGCGACGCUCCAGGGCUUCCUCCCGGCGCUGCAUCAGCGUCUGGAUCAGUCGCGGUCCGAUGCCCUGCUAACGACCGCCAUGUUUCUGAACCUGCUGGCCGUUGCCUUUGUCGACGACGCACGGCUGUCCGCGUCUUGGGUCGUCGGCUCAGACCGCGGCCGGCUCGGGUGGCUUGAGCUGCAGCUGGGACUGAAGCCGCUCCUGAUGGCCACGUCUCGGCUCAGGGAUGCUAGCGCGCUGCAGCCCAUGUUUGAGGCAUCCGACGAUGAGCGACCGACUCUUAGCAGCGCUGAUCACCGUUUCACCAGCAUCCCCUCGUCGUGGACGGCGCUGCUCAGGCCGUGCGCCGCGGACCGCUUUGACGCUGCCGUCUUGCAAGAGCCGUUUGAUAGAUCCCGACACGGUCAACAUCUUUAUUUACCUCCAGUUCGUGGGCAAGCUCGGGCCAGAGUUUGUCGAGCUGCUGCACUGCCAGGACGACCGCGCGCUGUGCAUAUUCAGCUACUGGCUUGGCCUGCUGGGGCGGUUGGGAUUCUGGUGGCUGCGAUGCCGAGUCGAGCGGGACUUUUGCGCUAUUGUGCUGCACCUCGGACGCCGCUUGAAACGAAAGGGCGGCGAUGAGGCUGGUGAUUGGGAUGGAAAAGAGGCUACACUGUGGGAGAAUCUGAUAUAUGACAUUGAGCGGCUGGAAGAGGACUGGGGAGCC